AGUUUUUGUUUGCCACUCAAUGCGUCAACAACUUUGUAAAACAAGUGAUCGCGUUAACCGUAACUGCAGCCAGGUGAUAGAAGCGGUAAACAGAAAACUCGCUUGAGCCGCGUUAAGAAAAAGUUGCAGUUGCUUAUGUACUUCUUCUCUCGAAUAGUGCUGCGUGCUUUGUUUUUUUGUUGUAUUUUCGUGUUUGUGCGAAUGCAAAUUCCUAUGUAUGUGCAUAGAGAUAUUAAUUGCUUUUGCUAAGAUACAAAAUAUUUCGAAACAUUGGCAUUAUCUAGCAGUCGCAAACCGAAGUGGGUUACCAGUAGCAAGACUAAAGAAAUAAAAGUGCAAUGAAUGCUAUGUACAUGCAUGCAUAAGUAAAUAUAAUUUUGCCCACCGAUUGUUUAUGAGUGGCUGGAGUUUAUCGCAUACGAACAGAUAAUUGAAAUUUAAUAAAAAGAAGUAAAAAUCAAGCAUGUCUUCAGACAGAUUUCACAAAGCGGCAAGAGAUGGCUUACUUGACGUUCUAAAAGAAGCUACACGUAAGGAUGCUAAUGCUAAAGACGAUGAUUCUAUGACACCGGUGCUGUGGGCGUCUUUUGAGGGACGUUUGGAUGCGUUACGUUUGCUUUGUGGGAGAGGAGGUGACCCUGAUAAAUGUGACCAGUUCGGCAAUACGGCGCUACAUUUAGCCUCCGCCAAGGGUCAUCUGCAUUGUGUGGACUUCCUUGUGAAAUUCGGCGUAAAUAUCUAUGCGCUUGAUAUUGAUCGUCAUAGUGCUAAGGACUUAGCGGCCAUCAACAAUCGCGAUGACAUUCUACGGUAUUUGGAUAGCGCCACAGCGAAUUUCGAGACAAACGACAAGAAAAAGGCCAAAGCUAUGCGUGAGCUAGCGGAAAAAAAAUGUGAGAAACGCAUGCGCGAAUAUAUGAAACGUCAACAAAAAUUGGAAAAUGACCAUAUUGAAACGAGCAGCAAAGCAGUGACUGUCGCGUGCAACAGCAACAAGUCAAAUAUGUUGUCAACACUUAAACAGAAGAUUUGGUCCAGUCAAGGUAAUUUGCAUAAACCAACGCGAGACUCGGCGCCACUUGCUGCGCCCUGUCCAAGUAUUAGUGGCGGCAGCACGGCUACAAAAUUUAGUGAACUCGUAUCGCCUGGCAGUGGUAGCGGCGGUAGUGUUGGUUCAAUUGCGAGUCGUGCCGGUACGGUGCAGAAGAAACUUCGCAGCCACCAACACUCGAGUCAUUCAAAUAAAGUGGAAGAGACUGGCUUCAAGAUUGGUGGCAUUGAACCGGAUGGUAAACGCACAGUAACGUCGCUUAUAGGUGUGCAACGCGACUCGGAAGUCCUGUAUGUGGGCACGUUCAGCUCAAAUGAAGAGAACAGCAAACGAGGUAAAAUCAGCGAUGUUUUCGAAGUAGACGAAACGAGCAGUGAUCGUGAACGCGAAACUACCAAAUUAGGUUAUGGCGCACUUUCACGUUCCUUUUCACAACCCGAUAUACUUGGGGAUACGCUAACAUCCACUGGACGACUGAGUGAAGAAUUCUCAAUGCAACGCCCGGCUGGCCUAUUCGAUCGUCCGAUGUUGGGCAGCAUUGCGUUUCGACGUUCAGUGACUGCGGCCCUGAGUCAAUUACAGCCGGUUGACUAUAUGCCGCACGACAUGGAAACUGGCAGCACGAGUACAAGCACAGCAACAGGGCGGCAAAACGGUGUUACAACUGUGACAAAAACGCGUAACAACAAACAACGAUCUUUCCUCAACAUAUCUGAUUCCGAUUCUGAGGGUGCGGAUGGGUAUAGCGAUGAUGAGCAGGACAAUGCGACCAACCCAAUCGCGCGUUUUCUCACAGCCUGGGGUUUGGAAGAGUAUUUGCCUGUUUUUCAGAAGCAACAAAUUGAUCUGGACACAUUGAUACUGUUAACCGAGGCGGAUCUAAAGUCUUUAGGGCUACCGUUAGGACCUUUCCGAAAACUUACAUGCGCUAUACAAGAACGUAAAAAUGCGCUUGCUAAUCCUGGGGCGAUGACGGACAGUAGGCUUUGAAGCAAAAACGAAACAAUGCCAUAUCCGAAUAUUGUUGUCAUCAGUACUUAACCCGUAUCGUCAUCAAUACAUGUAUUUCAGAAUUUAGCCACCACCAUUUUAAGUGCGUCGCAGUAUUUAAAACAAAUAACCAAUUUAAGAAAUUUAGUUAAAAUUA